UAUGGCCCGGAAGAAAACCCAACCCUGCCGGAAGCAGAAGGAUCUCCUCCUCUGGCUGUCUGUGCCCCCCUCAUCAAAGAUCAGUCUCCCCCCCUCCCCAGCCUGCCCCACGAAGAGGGGUGACCCCCGAGAGGAGGAGAGGAGGUGCACAAUCUUCAAGAUGGCGUCAGACCUGGGGAGCAGCCUGACGUCCAUAGACUGGCUCCCUCAACUUAAUAUCCAGACAGGAAUAAAGGGGUCUCUUCAGGCUGGUGGGGGGCGCAAAGCUCCUGGGUCCCCAACAGAUCCCAAUGCUAUAUUGACAAAGGAGGAAGCGGCGGCACACCGGGAUGGGAAGCCACCCUACAGCUAUGCCAACCUCAUACAGUAUGCUAUUAACUCGGCGCCAGCUAAACGCAUGACCCUAAGUGAGAUAUAUCGUUGGAUCUGUGACAAUUUCCCGUAUUACCGCAGUGCUGGUGUGGGUUGGAAGAACUCUAUUCGGCACAACCUGUCACUUAACAAAUGCUUCCGGAAAGUUCCCCGGCCAAGAGAUGAUCCAGGAAAGGGGUCGUAUUGGAUGAUUGACAGUUGCCCAAAAGAGGACAUCACCCUGCCGCGCAGGAAGCGCCCGCACCCUGAUGAUGAGCUGUCCCAGGAUUCUACUGAGCAGGACAUGAAUAAAAGCCCCCUCAGCUCAACCAGCGAAGUAUCCUUACCCACAGACGGAGCACAAGGGCAUCGGAUGAGCAACAACUCCCCGCUCCCCAGCUACAGCCAGGCCGCCCCCUCUCACAUGACACCAGAUGCUCGUGCACCAUCAUACAAUAACGACUGCUACAAGUUAUCCUUCUCAGAGAGUAGCUUCCCAGACCUCAGCUGCUCCUUUCGCAGUCUGUACCACUCACUCCUGGGAAAACAGGGGCAGUCCCCGCUACCCGCUGAGGUUCAGUCGUCCAGUUGCUGUAUGUACCAGCAGAACUCUGUGGCUCCUUCAUUACAAACCCACAACGUACCCAGUAUUAGUGGUCCCCCCUCCUCACACCACCAAUCCCAGCACCAGCAGCCCCCCUAUAUGUCCCGGCCGCCUGCACCAGGAAUGUCUUUGGGACUUCCCAGUGACUGGUGCUCAAAUAUCGACUCUUUAAAGGAAAGUUUCAAAAUUGUAAACAGCCUGGACUGGUCGAGUGUAGAUCUGUCCCAAUUCUCAGGUGAGUGAUAACUAGAGAUAAUA